AUGGCGUUUCUCAGCCAACUCUCAGGUCAUCUUCAGACAUUGAAAGAAAAAACAGCCACGAUGGCUGAAGGAGCGCCCGCCAUCGGAGCACAUCUGCAGUCACUAAAAGACGGUGCCCCAAAGUUGAUCGAAAGUGCGUUGAAUGCCAAAAACGGACUUCUCAAUAGGGUAAAACUCGACUCACUUGGCAAAGUACUGCACGUGUCCGGUUUGGGUCGCUACCCUUCACCUAUUGAUAUCGUGCCGGUCAUCACCUGCUUCGGAGAACAUCUGCAAAUCGCCUACCACAAUACUGGCGACUUUCGCGCAACGAAUUCUGGCAACGCCGUCUGGCUGCUACGUGAAGGCAAUGAUUCGGAGUUGGCGGUGUCGUUUCUGCCAGAGGAGCAGUAUCAUCUGGACUCAAUCACAUGGCACUGGGGAACGGAGCCCAUGAAUGGCUCCGAACACACCAUAGGAGGGGUUGGAUACGCCGGCGAACUGCAUCUGAUCCAUCGCAAUACCCGCUUCCCGACGAUGGAGUUGGCGCUGAAACAGCCGAACGGAGUGCUCGCGAUCGCCAUCUUUCUCAAUGAGUCACACGACGAAAAUCCAGCAAUUACUCCGUUUAUUGAGUUGUUACCGAAUAUCACCUACAAGGGCAACGAGGUCCGCGUCGGACAGUUCAACUUCGGCGCACUUUUUCCAUCUCCAGAGAAGACUAAGGAGUUUUGGAUGUACGAAGGAUCGGAGACGGUAGAGCCUUUCCGCGAGACAGUUCAGUGGCUUGUGUUCCGCUCAGCUGUGCCAAUCAGCUCAUAUCAGCUUGAUCGUCUUCGUGAGGUUCGCUCUGGUGGCUACGACGAGGAGCGCGAGACACCGAUGGAGCCGAUUCGUCCACCACAGCCACCAAACUCGCGCAGCGUCGUGUGUAGUUUUCGCAGCGCAGCCGGCGCUCCCGAUCUUGGAUUCAACAAACAGUAG